AUGAAUAAUAUGGAUUCAAAUAACGCGGUAAAAAUAACCGGGGAGUCUACAAAAAAUCGAAAAGUUAUGAUUGAUCGUAGUACUUCCAAUGGUUUUAUAAAAUUAAAUAAAUCGAAUAUAGAAAUAUCUGAUCAAGUUAAAUCAGAGAGCAAAAAUAGUAAACAUGAAAAUUUAAAGAGUAAAUUUAUUCCACUGACUACAAAUGAUCGUGAUAUGCCAGAUUUUUUGGAAGGAAAUUAUGAAGAGUCUGAUAUUAUGAGUAAUAAAAAAUUUAUUAUUUGUUCUAGAAGUACACAAACUGAAAAUACCGAUGACAUACAUCCAUCAAAUAUAUUACGCACAAGUGAAUUUAAUCAUCCAGCAAUCAUAAUAAACACAUCAGUUACUCGUCGAUUGAAUACUCCAAAUACGGAGAAUAAUUAUACAAAUCAUGAAUUAUUGUUGACGAAAUCUCAAUUGUAUAAUGUACAUCAUAAAUAUCAUAAAUUAAAAAAAUGUUUUCAUAAAUUGUACUCGGAAUACCAGAAAGUACGUGACAUCGCAGGUGUAUUUACCGAAUCAAUUGAGAAAUCUGUACACGGUGAACCCGUUGAUUUACGUGUGACACUUCAAACUUGUCGACAAAUCUAUCCAGAUGCUUUUGAUUACAAUUUUUCUCAUGAACAUAUACAAUCUGAGCAAGAUGAUGAUUAUUUUAAUUCAAGCAAUAAAAAAUCAAUGCUGAGUACUGUACCAUUAUUAUCAAAGUAUUUAAAUUAUAAUAAAAUUAAAUUACAUCUUAUCAACGCAAAUAUUAAGCUAAAAUUAUUAGUUUUACAAGCAUUACGUUGGAAAAUAACAUUGAGUCAGCCAGUAGAACGCAAUGAAACAAUAAAUGAGUAUAUAAAAAAUGAUUUAUUGGAUUUACAUAAAAAUCAAGAUGGAUCUAAUGAUAACAGUGGAAGAUCAUCAAUUUUGCCGUAUUUAUUGAUACCUUUAGAUGUGGUAGAGCCACAUCCUUUACAACAAUCAGCAGCACGAUUAUUAAAUACAUUUGCUUCUUUUAAAUCCGGCAGGAAUUAUUUAGCUGAUGGCCCAAUUAUUCUAAAUGUGAUAGUACAGUGUUUAGAUAGCAAAAAUUCCGAAUCAAUAGACGCUUUUACCUGUGACAUGAUAAUCGCAACACUACAAAAACUUUCUUUACGAAGAAAUCAGAGAUUAUACAUGAUCGCAGCUGGUCUUGUAGAAUGGUUGAUUCAUCAUUUGAAAGCCGAGUGUCAUACAAUGGGCACGUACAGAUUAGAAUAUGCAACAGCACUUUUAAUGAAUUUAUCACUACAGAAAGAGGCACAAGUGCGUGCUGCUGCAAUGCCAACGAUCCUCAUAUCAACAUUAAUCAUUCUACUGUCAUUAGAACACUUGCCUGCUUUACCGUAUGUUAAUGGAUCCCUGAAUAAUUUUAUUGCUAAUAGUACUAUUAAUAAAGAAGCUAAAAUCAUUGGAUUGGGAUCGAUUUUAGAGUAUCAUCGACGAUAUAGAACUGGUGAAUUAAGAAAACAUCUUGAUCACAUUUUAUUGAGACACAGGCGCCCGAAUAAUGAAAUAAUUGAAGAAGUUAUCAAUGACGAUGAUGAUCGUGAAGAAUAUGAUAAUCUAGAUGAUGAAUUAGAUGAAAUGGAUCCAGUCAAAGUUAAUCCCGGUGAUUUAUUCGGUGAAACGCUAUUAGCUACUUGUUACUCAUUACCUCCGGACAUGUUUCCGAGUGAUAAAUCUCAGGAUGUCAAAAUAACGGAUGAAUCAAUUAAUGAUAUAAAUUUACAGAAUGAUGAAUCCUACUGCAAAUCAAGAGAAAAUACGGAUGAAACUUCAACUGCAAUUCAAGACCCAGAAAUCGUUGACGAUGAAUUGAGUACUAUCGCAUCAUUUGUUAGUGAACCAUUUAAUGAAAUAACAGAUGAGAAAGAAGAAGAAGAAGAUGAAGCAUUUAUAUCAAAACCAAAAAUAUUUCGAACACCACCACAAAGUGCAUCAUCGCUUUCAAUUAAAUCAGAUUCUAAUAAUAUAAAAAAAUAA